CCUCAAUUGAUGGUGGACUCACCGGCUGACCAAAAUUCACCUGUUGCCAUCGCUCACGAGCCACGCGACUGCGCCAAUCGCGAUUGACCGCACUGCAGGAUGAGUACGCUUAGCACCGGGCCCGUUAAUGGGCCUCUCCGACAGCGAGGCGUCUAUUCGGAGGUGCUGGGACAGAAAAACAUCGACACAGUCCAGGUACAUGGCACAAAUGCGCCAGCAAUGACACACACAGGCAACAGGAAUGACAGACAGGGCCGCGCCAGUGAUCAAUGCUGUUCCUGUACUUAUGCAUUGCCAUCUCUGCAUUGCCGUUGCAACACACACACCUUUGCUAUGUGCUGCACGUGUGUGCGUGUGUGCGCAGAAGUCCGUCCGCGGCCCCACCCAAGAGCGGGAUGUGUCGGGCGGCAUCAUCGAGAUUGCCCCUCCCCGCGCCGCCACGUUCGUGCCCAAGGAGACUCCCGGUGCCACAUCUGCCAUGGCCCGCCCUCCCCCCACGAGCAAGGCCAGAGUUGACCCCAAGGUCAUCGAGCCAUACGUGCAGGUGCCCGGCAAGGCGCCGCGCAAGGUGAUUGUCGAGAGGCGGAAGAAGCUCUAUGAAUCGCUCGACAUAGCGGACCUGCUGAGGGAGAGAGGGGUGGACUAUGGAGACCCACAAUUCGACACGAGAAGAUGGUACAUGUAUGCUCAGAUGACCCAUGAAUACACAGACACAGGGCAGGUGGCGUGCGCUGUUGCAGGCUUCCCCUGGAGCCGUUUGACGACACCGAUUUCGACACAUACACACUGGAGGAGUGGGUCCAGCAGGGCGUCAACGCACAGGGCAACUUCCUGCCGCUGCCCGCCAAGGGCCUCAGAAUCGACGCCGAUGGCAUCGGCCUCUGGCGAGAGUGUCUCGUGUUUGGCGUGGACCCCAAGUCAAGGAAGAUCGACGUCAGGUGGCACACCGACAACGUCGCAGCACAGCUUCCCAGGCUCAAAUUGCUCUUUGAUGUAGGGUGGGAGGGAGGGAAAGACAGAAGCAGUGUCGAUUGGCAUUCAACGUUGUGUGUUGGCUGGCUGGUUUCAGGCUGAGGACCCAACCCUUUUUGCUGACCGUGUUGCCAAGGCUCACCAGCUGAGGCGUUUUUCCGAGAGUCUUAUUUUGUACAAUUUCUAUAUCGAUAACAUGCCCACAGAGGAGAUUGCUGGACUCGGUAGGCACAAACAGAGCAACCAGUGCCGGAUAUCCACCCUUUCUUUGUGUGUUUCAGAUGCUGAUCAGGUGACUCGUUUGCUGGACAGUGCUCAGAACGUGCAGGCCGUCCGCGAGGCCCACCUCGACACGGCCGCCUUGCUCAAGGAGGUCAACCUUGACUUCGCCAGGACCAUGAAUAAGAUCAUUUUCGAACAGCACAUGUCGGAACACCCCGGUGACAUCUUGUACAAAGACCUAGAGCUCCCUCCACCCCCUGAAGCCCCACCCGUACCAUGGUCAGUCUCCGCGCUUUUCUGCAAAGACACCCCUCCGUACCUCUUUCUUUGCGUAUGUUAGGUUCGCUCUUGUGCCCACCCCAGCUCACAAUUUCACUGACGCCUUCGCAAGUUUCUGUUUCUCCUCACUCUAUAUCAAGGGCGAGGUGGUCAAGGGUCUUUCGUCCAUCCGGGCGGAGAAUUCGGCCCUGCUCGAUCACAAUAUCUUCACGGUCACCUUUUCCAAGGCUCUCCGUCUGGACGAGUUCAAGCAGGUUGAGCGGACGGCCAUCAGCCAGAUGUCGUACCACCUCAAGGAGCACUGGGUGCAGAACAUCCAGCGGAUCAUCAUCAAGCAGUUCGAGAAUGUGGGCAAGGGGUGGUUCAACAUGCACGAGACCAACAAGGAGACGUACGAGUACGGCAAGCUCAAGAAGUUCCUCACCGUCGUCAGGUUCAUGAUGCAGGACACACUCAGGUACGCAUGAGGUGAAAAUUGCGCGGCGGAGUUGACACAUGUUUGCUUUUGUAGGGAUUUGACCAUCAAGUCUCUGAAGACCUAUUGCACAUCGUUGAAGGGCUACGUACCCAAACUGGUCGACGUCAAGUCGGUCCAUACAGUCGAGAACGAAUGGAGGUGACAUCGAAAAGAGACACAAGAACAUGUCUCUCGAUUUGUCUGCCGUCACGAUGUCUCGCCCUGUCUCUUUUCAUGACAUCAUUCUGCUCGUAUCAGUGAAGAGUUCAAGCCGCACCUCGACGGGCCCCCCGAGCGCACGGCCCUGUUCGCCAUCGAGCUGACCAAGACACAGGACAAUGAGGGGUUCCAGUUCAGCACUGACCCAGCACAGUUCGUCGAAGCCACACUGGAGAUCCUCGAAAAGGGGUAAGCAGCACUCGAAAUUUCUCUCAUAUACAUGUCUCCUUGCCUCUGUGUGUGUGUAUCAGUUUGCAGCAGAUGGGCGACAUUCCGCAGCCCGAGAAGCUCAUCCUGCCGCACCUGUUCAAGACGCAGCCUAAGCUGGUGCUGGCUUCAGUCAACCUCGACGAGGGCUGGGUGCAGGAGCUUCGCACCUCGCUGGACGAUAGUCUCGAGACCAGCCUUCCAUACAUGACCGACUACCUGCAGUGCUUCCAGCAGUACAUCGACCUUCUGAAGUUGGACCCCGCUGCUCACGUCAAGGCAUUGCAGGAGCAGGAGACGCCUCCUUCCAACGACGAUUUCGCCAAACAGGUGCAGGAGAACCUCGACAAGGAGCAGCAGCUGUAUGGCAACAUCCCGGAGACGCUCACCAUCGGGCUGUUCCAGCUCAGCUGCAAGGAGAUCCGCAAGCUGCUGGGCGGCAAGCUCCACAGCCUGGCCGGGCUCAUGCAGGACGUGCUGGCCGUGCGGCUGCGUGAGCAGUGCGCCACUGUGCUGGAAAGCUUCCAGGGCAUGUAUGUGCAGCUGCGGAAGAGCCCCAAGAACAUCGAGGAGCUGUCGGAGCUGAGGGAGUACAUGGCCAGCCUGCCGGCAGAGGUCGAGAAGCUCACCGUGGAGAUCAACGCCAAUAUCGACCUCUUCUCGAUCCUCGAAAACUUCCGGUUCCUUCUAGCGCGAUUGGCUGUGCUGCAUGUCUUUAUGCAUGCAUGUCUAUGUAUGUAUGUGUGUGUCAGGUACAAGUUGAGUGCUGACGACCACCACACGCGCUGGAAGAUGUUCGGGUCCCCGAAGGCGACAUACGACCUCAUCGCGGCCACCGACGCCGCUCUCACCAAGGAGCGUGAGAACUUCUUCAACACCAUGCAGUCACAGCAGUCGGAGUUCGACGAGACACUCAACGACCUCGACGGCAUCGUUGGAGACUUCGCACAGUACCAUGACCUCACUAAGGUCAACUUAUCCCUCUGCGCAUCAUCAAGUGCCCCAUACAUGUACUUGCUUGUCUGCUGUGUGUGGUGCUCUCUUUCUUAGAUUGACGAGAUUGCUGCGAAUGUGGCGUCGGUCAACGAGCGCCUGCAGCUGUCUCUGCAGCAGGCCAAGCUCUUCAACUCUCGGGAGGGCCUCUUUGGCAAGCACUCUACUGACUACACACGACUGCAGCGGAUCGCAAAGGUACGGCAGCUAAACUAGCCAUGGUAACCCAUCCACACAUCUGUGCCUUGUCAGGAUUUUGAGCCGUUCAGCAACCUGUGGACGAUGACAGCGUCCUGGCUGGUGAAUCGCAAGAAGUGGACCGACGGCGCCUUCGACCAGAUCGACGCCAAGGCGCUGGAGGACCAGGUCAUGAACGGGAGCAAAACCAUGUUCAAAGUGGCCCGCGCUUUCCGCGACCGCGACAACCCCGAGGUGCUCAAGAUAGCCGAGAAGAUCCGGUCAGAGCUGGAGGAGUUCAAACCCUUCGUGCCGCUCGUGGUGGCUCUGCGCAACGACGGCAUGAGAGACCGACAUUGGCAGCAGGUCUCAGACAAAUGCAGCGUGCAGGUCUCACCCGCAAUGGAAGACUUCACGCUGCGGUCGGUUGAACAAAUGGGGGUGUGAUUUGUCAAGGCAUAGCAGCUUCUUUGCUCACUGCAGUCGGUUUCUGGAGUUGGGCAUGCAUGAGAGUGUGGAUGCCAUAUCUGAGAUCGGCGACAAGGCCGGCAAGGAGUUCUCCAUCGAAAAGGUCAAUCAAAAGAGACACAUACCAGUGGAUGCCCACAUGUGCAUCAUCUCUUGGUCAGGCUUUGGCUAAGAUGAAGAAGGACUGGCACGGCAUCGAGUUUGACGUCAGAGAGAAGUACCGCGCCACAGACACAUAUAUCCUCAAGGGAUCGGACGACGUAAGGCACACACACAGACGCGCAAAGCACCAGGGAUGUUGUCAUGUCUCUCCUGGCUGUAGGUGAGCGCGUUGCUUGACGAGCACAUCCUGACGUCCCAGGCGAUGCAGUUCAGUCCGUUCAAGAAGCCCUUCGAGGAGGAGAUAGAGGAAUGGGCCGCCAAGCUUAUGACCGUCUCCGAGACACUCGACGAGUGGCUCAAGUGCCAGCGGUCGUGGCUCUACCUGCAGCCCAUCUUCGACUCACCCGACAUCAUGAAGCAGCUACCGGCCGAGGGCAAACGCUUCAAGUCCGUCGACAACAUGUGGCGCAGCACCAUGAAGCAGACACACGACAACCCGGGUGCACUCGAAAUGUGCGCACGGGAGGGACUGCUCGAGAAAUUCCAAGAGGCAAAUAAGAACCUCGAGCUCGUCCAGAAAGGUGCGCUGUAGACUCAUCGACGACGCGUCUCUGUCGAACCAACGGUUGUCUUGUCUGUCGCAUGUAUGCAGGUUUGGAUGAUUACCUGGAGACGAAGCGCAGUCUGUUUGCCCGCUUCUACUUCCUGUCCAAUGACGAGCUGCUGGAGAUCCUCUCGCAGACCAAAGACCCAACGCGCGUCCAGCCGUAAGCAACACAAUCAUGACAGACACAGACCGCCGCUGCCGACAACCCAUCAAUCACUGUGCACGGUGCAGUUUCCUGAAGAAGGUGUUUGAGAGUAUGGCCAAGCUUCAGUUCCACGAGGACUACUCGGCUAACGCCAUGUACAGCGGCGAGGGCGAGAAGGUGCCGUUUGUGGAAACCAUCUACACCAAGGACAAGAAUGUCGAGACCUGGAUGACCGAGAUUGAGAUACAGAUGAAGAAGGCCGUCAGAGACGUCCUGUACAAAUCUAUACUCGACUACCCUACAAAGCCAAGGUGAUUCAUUGAUCCAUGCCUAGAUGGACGCAUGAGUGGGAAGAUUGCCAUGUCUCUUGUGACUUUGCUGUUGGUUGAUGCAGAGCCGAGUGGGUGUUGGUGCAUCCCGGUCAGUGUGUGCUGAAUGGGAGCCAGGUGCACUGGACGAGCGAGGUGGAGGAGGCCAUCCAGAACGGGACGGUCAAGCAGUACUGGGAGGGCCUCAACCGUCAGCUCCUCGAUAUGGUGGCACUUGUCCGCACGGGCCUCAACAAGAUGAACUCGAUCAGCGUGGGUGCGCUGAUCGUCAUCGACGUGCACGCCAAGGACGUGGUGGAGAAUUUGGUCAAGGAGAAGAUCGACAACAUUUCUGCCUUUGAGUGGAUCGCCCAGCUGCGCUACUACUGGCAGAACGACGACUGCUGGUGCCAGUGCGUGCAGACAAACUUCCCUUACGGAUACGAGUACCUCGGCAACAGCAUGCGACUUGUCAUCACACCACUCACCGACAUGUGCUACAUGACGCUGCUCGGUGCACAGCAGCUCAACCUCGGUCAGUCCAUGUGGAGCAGAACCCACCCUCACAUCACGCCAAUUGCACCCCGUGUCUCCUCCCUUUUGUGUGUGGCUGUGUGUGCAGGUGGCGCCCCGGCCGGCCCGGCUGGUACGGGCAAGACGGAGACAACGAAGGAUCUGGCCAAGGCGCUGGCAAAGCAGUGUGUGGUGUUCAACUGUUCUGACAUGAUGGACUACAUCAUGGUGGGCAAGUUCUUCAAGGGCCUGGCCUCCUCUGGCGCAUGGUGCUGCUUCGAUGAGUUCAAUCGCAUCAACAUCGAGGUGCUCUCCGUCAUUGCACAGCAGCUGCUCAUCCUCUUCGGCGCAAAGGGGGAGCUCGCCGGAUUCAACGACUCCAAGGCACGCACUUGUUCGUUCACGGCCAGGAAUCGACUGCACACGUGACAGACAGGAUGUGUGUGUGUGCAGGAGGUAGAUUUUGAGGGUUCAGUGAUCCGGAUGUACCCGACUUUCAACGUGUUCAUUACGAUGAACCCGGGCUACGCCGGCCGCACUGAGCUGCCCGACAACCUCAAGGCGCUCUUCAGACCGAUGGCCAUGAUGGUCCCCGACUAUGCCCUCAUCGGUGAGAUCAUGCUCUACUCAUUCGGAUUCGACCAGGCCCGCGAUCUGGCCAGGAAGAUGGUCGCCACAUUCCGACUGUCGUCCGAACAGCUCUCCGCACAGGUGGAUAUGCACAUCGAUGCCAACAGUCUCUCUGUCGGUCUCCUCCCAUGGCUGGCUGCUUGUCGACAGGAUCACUACGAUUACGGUAUGAGGGCUGUGCGAUCGGUCAUCAAUGCUGCGGGCCUGCUCAAGCGAGCUGACCCAGGUAACACACACAGACAGAUAGGGAGACACACAACGACACGCAUACGGCCUGAGACCGAAUAGUUGUCUUGUAUGUAUGUAUGUCUCUUUCCUUCUGUGUGUUGAUUUGAUUUAGACAUGGACGAGGACAAGCUGCUGCUGCGUGCGCUGCGAGACGUCAAUGUGCCCAAGUUCCUCAAGGACGAUCUGCCCCUGUUUGAGAACAUCAUCAUCGAUCUGUUCCCGGGUGUGGAGCGGCCUAAGAUCGACUAUGGCAGGCUGCUGGAUGCCAUCCACGAGUCGUCCAAGGGGCUCAACCUGCAGCCGGUGGACCCCUUUGUGGCCAAGGUGAUCCAGCUCUACGACACCAUCCAGGUGCGACACGGUCUCAUGCUCGUCGGACCAACCGGCGGCGGCAAGACAUGCAACUAUCGAGUGCUCCAGAAGGCAUGCACGUCGCUGAAGGAGUUGGGCAAGUUCGAACCUGUAAGCACGAAGGACACACACUGUGCUAAUGUGACUCGGGGCGUGUGCGUGUGCGUGUGGGCUUUUGUCCGUCUGUCAGGUGCACGUGCACUGUUUGAAUCCCAAGUCGAUAACGAUGGGUCAGAUGUACGGCCAGUCGGAUCCCAUCACACAAGAGUGGACCGACGGGGUGCUCAACAUACUCAUGAGGUGGGUCGGCCGGCAGCAGAAGACACGGAGAUACUAGUGCUAUGCCUUAACCUCUUCUCGCCUUUCAUCUUUCGCAGGGCAGCGGUGAAGGACACUUCGGAGGACAAGCACUGGAUCAUGUUUGACGGGCCAGUGGACGCCAUCUGGAUUGAGAACAUGAACACCGUGCUCGACGACAACAAGAAGCUCUGCCUCAACUCGGGUGAGAUCAUCGCCCUCUCGCCGCAGAUCACCGUCAUGUUUGAGGUGGAGGACCUCGCCGUCGCCUCGCCCGCCACUGUAAGCCGAUGCGGUAUGGUCUACAUGGAGCCUGGCGCGAUGGGGCUGGAGCCCUUAAUCGACUCAUGGAUAGAGCAGCUGCCCUCGACGUUCCGACAGAGCCACAAGGACCUCCUCCACACACUCACCAAGGGAUUCAUACCAAACGGCAUCAACUUCAUCAGGAAAUCAUGCAGAGAGGUCAGCCGGCAGAUGGACAGAGAGAGACACGUGUAUUGCUUUGCAUGGGUGGUGUGGUCAGAUGGUGACGACGAUGGACAACAACUUGUGUGCGUCGUGUCUGCGUCUCAUGGACUGCUACUUCGACUCCUACCGCCCGACAGAGGUCAAGACCCCGUCCAAGGAGGAGCUCGACGAGCUGCAAAAACAACUCGUUCCCAUAUUCAUAUUCUCGCUCGUCUGGUCCGUCGGCAUCACCACCGACCGUAAGACCACACUCCUUAAGACAGGGAGUUUUCUUUGAAGCGAGCCUUUGUGUGUGUAUGUGUCUUUGUUAAGAGCACGGCCGGUCUCUGUUCAACGAUUGGUUGUGGCGUGAGUUGAUAAAGCAAAACCAGCGGCCUCCCGGUCUCAAAGACGACGCCUUCCUCUAUGACCUCUGCUACAACGUGGAGAAGUCAGAAUGGGUCGGAUGGAUGGAGGUAAGUACGGGAGCAGAAACACAGCCAGUUCGGGAGCAGAAACACAGCCACACUAUGGCCAUGGCCCACAGGCACUCUACUAGUCGCUCCUUCCAUCUCUCUGCAGACCAUCCCAGGGUACUCGCCCCCUUCCCAGUCGACCUACGACGGGAUUGUGGUGCCGACGCUCGACUCGGUCCGCAUGACUGCCGUGUUCAAGACCCUGGUGCUCAACAGGCAUCACGCGCUGUGUCCAGGGCCGACGGGCACCGGCAAGACGGUCAACAUCUCACAGUAUCUGGGAAGGGAGGCGCCCGAGUACCUGCAGUCCGUCUUCAUCACAUUCUCGGCCCAGACACACGUCAACCAGCUGCAGGAUUUGCUGGACGGCAAGUUUGAGAAGAGGCGGCGUGGUGUCUUCGGUCCACCGGCACGUAAGGUGUUUGCGAUAUUCGUGGAUGACUUCAACAUGCCCAAGAAGGAGGAGUAUGGUGCACAGCCGCCGCUGGAGCUGCUGAGGCAGUGGUUCGACCACAAGGGAUGGUACGACAGGAAGGAACUCACAUUCAGAGAGAUCGUCGACGUCUGCAUGGUGGCCGCUAUGGGUCCGCCCGGCGGAGGCCGCACCUUCAUCUCCAACCGGGUCAUCCGCCACUACAACGUGCUGACGUAUCCCGACCUGGGCAAGACGUCGAUUGCCACCAUCUUCAACACCAUCCUCAAGUACCUCUUCGCGCCCUUCGACGAGUCGAUCCAGAAGAUCACCGAGACACUGGUGGAGUCCCAGAUCACCGUCUUCGAGAAGGCGCUGAAGGAGCUGCUGCCCACACCCAGCAAGUCCCACUACACUUUCAACCUGCGAGACAUAUGGAAAGUCUUCCAAGGAGUCUGCUCACUCUCGCCAAAGAUUAUCAACAACAAAUUACAGGUGAGUGGGGUGAUGCUUGGUGAGACACAGCUUAUCACCGCUCUCUGGUGUCCGUCUGGAACAGGUUCUGCGCUGCUGGGUGCAUGAGAACUGCCGCGUGUUCGGCGAUCGUCUGAUAGACGAUCCCGACCGGCAGUGGCUACGCAAGACGCUCCUGCACCAGUGCGAUAUCAACUUCGACACGGAAGAGCAGGACAUCUUUGUUCGCGAGCGGCUGAUCUUCGGAGACUUCAUGGUGCCGGGAGCAGACAUACGUCACUACCAGGAGAUUGAGGACCUGGACAAGAUGAAGUCGGUGAUCGAGGAGUACCUGGAGGACUACAACAACGUCCACACACACGGCAUGCCGCUCGUCAUGUUCCUCGACGCAUGUGAACACAUCACACGCAUAUGCCGCGUCCUCCGACAGCCCUCGGGCAACUGUCUGCUGCUGGGUGUGGGCGGUAGCGGACGGCAGUCUCUCAGCCGGAUGGCCUCGUUCAUGAUGGAGUGUGCGUGCUUCCAGAUUGAGGUCGGCAAGGGAUACGGCAUGAACGAGUGGCGAGACGACCUCAAACGGUGCCUGAUGAAGUCGGGCGUGGAGGGCAAGAACCAGAGCUUCCUGUUCACGGACACGCAGAUCAUCAGAGAGGCCAUGCUGGAGGACGUCAACAACGUCCUCAACUCUGGCGACGUGCCCAACCUCUACCGCCUCGAGGACAUGGACGCCAUCAUGACGGCGUGCCGCGGCAUGUGUCAGCAGCUGGGGCUGCAGCCCAACAAGACCAACAUCUUUAACUGCUACCUCACGAGGGUCAAGAAGAACAUCCACGUUAUCCUCGCCAUGAGCCCAGUAGGCGCUCAGUUCCGGACUCGGCUGCGAAUGUUCCCCUCUCUCGUCAACUGCUGCACCAUCGACUGGUUCUCAGAGGUACAGAGACACGCAUACGCAUACACAGGUGCAUAUGUCUCUCUAUGUCAUAUUGAUGAAUCGAUCGACCAGUGGCCCGCCGAGGCGCUGUAUUCGGUGGCCAAGCAGCAGAUGAUGCAGUCCGACCUGCGGCUGUCCAACCUAGAGGGCGUGCUCAACAUCUUCCGCACCAUCCACCAGUCUGUCGAGCAGAUGUCCACCCGCUUCCUCAACGAGCUGCGGCGGUACAACUACGUCACACCCACCUCGUACCUCGAGCUGCUCUCCACUUUCAAGACCAUCAUGGAGCUCAAGAGAGACGAAAUCGGCACGUUCAGGAAGAGAUUCCAGACCGGUCUGGACAAGCUGGGUGACGCGGCCGACCAGGUGGCGCAGAUGCAGGCGCAACUCACAGAGAUGCAGCCGCAACUGGCGCAGACACAGAAGGAGGUAUGACUUUGAUGAAGGACACGUGGUUGAGCGAUUCGAGUGUAUAUUAGUUGCCUUGAUGCAUGUGCUGUGCACAAAUACAAUACAGGUAGGUGAGAAGAUGGUCGUGAUUGAGGGCGAUAAGGCCAAGGCCGAUGAAACCAAGAAGAUUGUCGCCAAGGAGGAGGCUGAAGCUACCGUAAGAAAUACACACACGGACCACAUGCAUCCUUUCAACGCAGGCCGACAACAGCCCAUCUGAUUGCCUGCAGGCCAAGGCAGCCGAGACGCAGGCCAUCAAGGACGAUGCCCAGCGGGACCUCGACGAGGCCCUGCCCGCACUUGAGCAGGCAGUCGAAUGCCUCAAGAGGCUCAAGGCCGACCACAUCCGUGAGGUCAAGUCACUUGGCAAGCCGCCACAAGGCGUCAUCCUCUCUAUGGAGGCCGUCUGCAUCAUGUUCCAGGUCAACAGCAGCCAGACAAACAGAUGGAGAGAGGGCGGGGGCAAGAGUGCUGGCAGCAUCGUGAUGUGAUGGGUGGGUAUGUCUGUGGUCAGAUCCCGCCAGUCAAGAAAGCCGACCCGAACAAUCCGGCGGGCAAGAAGAUCGACGACUACUGGGAGGCGUCGCAGGCCAAGCUGCUCAAGGACCCGAAGAAGCUGCUAGACGACCUCAUGAACUUCGACAAGGCACGUCCACCACAAUACCUCCCAUGCCCUUGGUGUCCAUAUGUCUCCAUCUGUAUCUGUAUGUGCUGCCUUGUUGAUAGGAUAACAUUCCCGACUCGGUGAUCACCAAGAUCAAGCCAUACAUCGACCGUGAAGACUUUGACCCCGCGGCCAUCAAGAAGGCCUCUGUGGCGUGCGAGGCCAUCUGCAUGUGGGUGCGGGCCAUGGACAAGUACUACCACGUCUCCAAGGUGGUCGAGCCAAAGCGCGUGCUGCUCCGCAAGGCAGAGGCCGAGCUGCAGGUCACCAUGGGCCAGCUCAACGAGGCCAAGCGCCGCCUGCAAGAGGUAGUCGACAAGAUCGAGCGGCUGGAGGCCGAGUACAACUCGGCUGUCGAGAAGCAGGACCAGCUGGCACGCGACAUCGAGGACUGCCAAGUGAAGCUGGACCGCGCUCAGAAGCUGAUUGGCGGUCUGGGCGGCGAGAAGGCCCGGUGGACAGAGCAGGUGCAGAUGCUGGGUGCCCAGUACGAGCUCAUCCCCGGCAACGCCCUGGUGGCGUCGGGAAUGGUGUCCUACGCGGGGCCCUUCACAUCCCUCUACCGCGGGGAGCUUGAGAAGGGCUGGCUGAACGCCCUCAGGGACGCACAGAUACCACACACAGAAGGGACCUCAAUGAGCAGCUUCCUCGGUGAGCACUGAGUGGACGCAAGGGCCGUGUGUCCGGAUGGAUGUGUAUGUGUGUGUGUGCAUCGAUGUGCUUCAUGCAGGUGAGCCGGUGAAGAUCCGUGUGUGGAACGCUGCCGGUCUGCCGAAUGACGGCCUGUCGAUCGAGAACGGCAUCAUCAUCGACAAAGCGCGACGCUGGCCGCUCAUGAUCGAUCCACAGGCAGAACGGACAACCAACUGUCGUGCUGCAAUCCAUCCACCCAUCAACGUGUCCUUUGCAUUUGUUGUGUCUCAUGGCAGGGUCAAGCCAACCGAUUCCUCAAGAACAUGGGCAAGCAGACGCCGGAGGGCAUCGACGUGUGCAAGCUGUCGCAGACUUCGUUCCUGCGUACUCUGGAGCUGGCGAUUCAGUUCGGCAAGUGGCUGCUGCUGGAGAACAUCGGCGAGGAGCUGGAUCCCGCUUUGGAGCCGGUACUGCUGCAGCAGAAGGUCAAGGACGGCACCAGCUACGUCAUCAGACUGGGAGACAAGACCGUCACCUGGACGGAUACAUUCAGGUCAGCUGAGCCAAGCCAUCAGUCUUGACUGACUGACUGACUGAGACACACUCAAUCCAAUCUACUGCCUUCCUCUCCUCGCUGUUGUCAGGUUUUAUAUGACGACCACACUGCCCAACCCUCACUACCCACCCGAGACAUCCGUCAAGGUCACUCUCCUCAACUUCGCCAUCACACGCGAAGGUACGAAAAGGCACUUAUCCAAUGUGCGUUGCGUUGCCUAUCCCUCGUGUGUGUGUAUGCAGGUCUUGAGGAGCAGAUGUUGGGUCUGGUGGUGGCCAAGGAGGCGCCCGACCUGGAGGAGAAGAAGAGCGCCCUCGUGCAGUCCAACGCCAAGAUGCGCAAGGACCUCAAGGACCUCGAAGACGAAAUCCUGAGGCUCUUGUCGACGUCAGAGGGCAACAUCUUGGAGGACGAGACACUCAUCAACACACUCGCCGCAUCCAAGAAGACAUCGGAGGAGAUCAACGAGAAAGUCAAGGAGGCGGAAAUCACAGAGAAGGAAAUCGAUGCAGCACGGUCGGUGCGCACAACACGCAUAUCUAAUCGAUUGGGCAUCCUCUCUGUGUUGUUUGUGUGUCGCUUUGUCAGAGAGUCCUACCGGCCGGUGGCGUAUCAGGCGAGUGUGCUGUUCUUCUGUAUCGUGGACCUGGCCAACAUCGACCCCAUGUACCAGUACUCUCUGCAGUGGUUCCAGUCGCUCUUUGGCAUGGGCAUCGACCAGGCCCCCGCCUCAGCCGUACUGGAGGAGCGACUGCAGAACCUGCAGGACUACUUUGCCUACCUGUUGUACGAGAACAUCUGCCGCUCGCUAUUCGAGAAGCACAAGACGCUCUUCUCGUUCUCGAUGUGCAUCAAGCUCAUGACGGGCUACAACAGGCUCGACCUCACCGAGGUGCGCUUCCUCCUCACCGGCCCGACGGGCGAGGCCCAGGGGCCCGCAAAUCCCACCUCAUGGCUCACAGAGAAGGAGUGGAACGAAGUCGUCAGCCUGUCACAGCUGCCCGCAUUCAAAGUCAGUCAGAGACAGAGAAAGAAGACAGACCACCAUGGGACACAUGACAUGCCGCUGUAUUGCUAUGCUUUGCGUGUGCGUGUGCGUGUUCAGGGUCUGGAUGUGUAUUUCGUGCAGCACGUGGACGAGUUCAAGCGCAUCUUCGACGCUGUCGAGGCCCACAUGGAGUCGCUGCCCGGCAGCUGGGACACGCGCCUCAACGGCAUGCAGAAGCUGUGCUUCCUCCGCACCAUCCGCUCAGACAAAGUGGUCGACGCCGUCGUCGAGUUCGUCGCCUCGGAGCUGGGCCGGCGGUUCGUGGAGCCGCCCACCUUCGACCUGGCCAAGUCGUACAAGGACUCGACCAACCUGACGCCCCUCAUAUUCAUCCUCUCGGCGGGCUCUGACCCCGUUGCUGACAUCUUGGCCUUCGCCAACGAGAUGAACAUGGCCAAGAAGAUGGAGUCGAUAUCGCUGGGGCAGGGCCAGGGGCCCAAGGCGCAGCGGAUGAUCGAGGACGGGUGCAGCAGGGGCGGAUGGGUGCUGCUGCAGAACUGCCACCUGGCCGCCUCAUGGAUGCCCGAGAUGGAGAGGAUUUGCGAGCAGCUGGACCCCAACCAGACGCACAGGGACUUCAGGCUCUGGCUGACCUCCAUGCCCGCAAAGACCUUCCCCGUUGCUGUGCUACAGAACGGCGUCAAGAUGACCAACGAGCCGCCAAAGGGACUCCGUGCCAACCUACUGAGGUCGUACGCUGCGAUCGACGAUCGCGUGUUGGAGGACUGCAAGAAGCCCGACGCACUCAAGAAGCUUCUCUUCGGCUUCUCAUUCUUCCACGCCAUCGUGCAGGUAAGACAUGCGGAUAAAGGGACCGCUGGGCUGGGUGGCUAGGUGCAGUGCAUCACCUGUCGUGCCUGUCUCGGUGUGUGUCUGUCUGUCCUGUGCAGGAUCGUCGGAAGUUCGGUCCGAUUGGUUGGAACAUCCAGUACGAGUUCACAACGGAGGACCUGAUGGUGUGCAGACGGCAGCUCAAGAUAUUCCUCGACGGAUAUGAGGAAAUACCCUACAAGGCAAGCGAACUGACUGAACCGAUGGAUGAUGCAUCCACAUCCACAGGAGACAGACGGCUGGCUGGCAUCGUGCCUGCGUUGCGUUGCGUGCGUCUGUGGGGUUGGGUUGGGUUUUGUGCGUGUAGGUGUUGAACUACAUCGGUGCGCAGAUCAACUACGGCGGGCGCGUGACGGACGACAAGGACAAGCGGCUGAUCCAGUUCAUUCUCAAGACAUACUGCUGCAGAGACCUCAUCGAGCAGGCAUGUCAACCGUAUACGACAAACACACACACCGGUCUCUCUCACCCCACCCUCACUGUGGUCACUUCAGGCGGAUGAGUACAAGUUUUCCUCCUCGGGCAUGUACUUCUGCCCGACGUCGGAGGACCACCAGGGCUUCGUCGACUACAUCAAGACGCUCCCACUAAUACCCGCACCGGAGGUGUUCGGCCUGCACGACAAUGCAAACAUCACUUUCGCGCAAAACGAGACACUUGUAAGUUAGUGCCAAAGGGAUAGAUAGACCAGCCAGGACACGACACGCACACGAGUUUGUGUGGCUGGUCACUGACUGACACAGGCCCUGCUGAAUGGCAUUUUGUCGAUGGCGCCGCGGUCGGGAGGCGGCGGGGCCAGCAAAAAAGAGCAGGCAAGCGUCCCGUCCGCACAUAUGCACGUCACGUGCAUCAGUCAGUAGCAAAUGUGUGUGUGUAUAUGUUGGCGCUUGGUGUGUGUAUUGUAUUGUAUUGUAUGUGUCCACCAGGUGAUGGAGGAGACGGCGCAGGUGAUACUGGACAAGACCCCGCCGGUGUUCGACCUUGACAAGGUGCUCGAGAAGUACCCCACCAAAUACGAAGAGUCACUCAACACCGUGCUCACACAAGAAGUCAUCAGGUAGGUCAGCCGCCCACUCUCGACACGACACACCACACCUCGCAGACAGAAUACACAUACAUUUGCGGGCGGGGCGGCCGUCACCAGGUACAACCGUUUGUUGGCGGUGAUGCGUUCGUCUCUGCCUGAGUUCAAGAAGGCGCUCAAGGGGCUGGUGGUCAUGUCAGAAGAGCUGGAGCAGCUCGGCAACUCCAUGUUCGACAACCAGGUACGCUUUGGUACGACACAACAGCACAGCACCCGACCCGCACUGCCCACAAACAUCCACCACAUGGUAUAGUUGACUGACGCACAAGUGCCUGCCCUGCCACGUACGUACAGGUGCCGAAGAUGUGGGAGAAGAAGGGGUUUCUCUCUCUGAAGCCGCUGGCCUCGUGGAUCAAGGACCUCAACGACAGGGUGGCAUUCCUCAACAAGUGGAUCACCGAAGGCACGCCUGCCGUCUUCUGGAUUUCAGGGCUCUUCUUCCCACAAGUCAGUCAGUCAGUCAGUCACACCGGUGGAGGAGAGCCGAGACACCAGACAGAUGUGUCUCUGUCUGGUUGUGUUGUGUACGUGCAGGCCUUUCUGACGGGGACUUUGCAGAACUACGCGCGUCGGCACGUGAUAGCGAUCGACCGUCUGUCGUUCAACUUCCAGGUGAUGGACCAGCUCAAGGCCGAGCAGGUGACCGACAAGCCAAAGGACGGGUGCUACAUAUCGGGCAUCUACCUCGAGGGAGCCAGGUGGUGCAAGGAGACACACGCACUGGUACGCUCGCACGCACAUAUAUAGAGAGGGAGGGAGAGAGACCGUGUGUGUGUGUGUGUGUGUGUAUGACUUUAGAGUGAGAGCAAGCCGAAGGUGCUGUUUGAGGAGCUGCCGAUGGUGUGGCUCAUCCCGGUGGCCGACCGGGACCCUCCUAAAGACGGCGUCUACAACUGCCCCAUUUACAAAGUCGUCUCAAGGGCAGGCACACUCUCCACCACAGGUCUGUCCGUCCGUCUCUAUCAUGAUACACACAACCGAAGCCCUCCAUCUCCUGUCCUGUCCUGUAUGUGUUUGUGUGUUCACUAGGUCACUCCACUAAUUUUGUUCAGUACAUCGAUUUGCCGUCAGCUGACGACCAGGACAAGUGGAUCAAGGCUGGCGUGGCGGGAUUCCUCGCACUCAGAUACUAGCUGACUGAACGGUCAACCACUGCCGCAGGCAUGGAGGUGACGUGUGCAUGUGAGUG